UUUGUGUUUUUGUUGUUUGUUGUGUGCCAGGCUCUAUUCUAAGAUCUGGACCAAGCUUCUAGCCCAAGAGAGGUUGCCUGUUGGUAUCUGGCUUUUCAGAUGUGUCCUUUGGCUCCAUGGGACUUGAUUAUGGGGUGGGAAAGGCUGAAUAGAGGGCCAAGACCACCCCUAAACCCAUCCACAUACAACUAUAGCUUCCCGGUGUCCUGUGUUUGUCUUGUAAAACCUCUUUGGAAACAGCUGUUAGUGUUGCUGGUUGGUUGGUUUGGGGCUGUCUCUGUCAGGUUUGGAACCCAGGACUUCACACUUGGCACACAAGUACCUUAUCACAGUCACCAAAUUCCCAGAGAGCAGUUUCCCAGGGACUAACAACAACGUGUGAGAUAAAGGUCCUUUCUCCCUAGAUCACCUGUCUGUGUUCCUUGGGAGUAUGUGGCCGAUGCUAAUUUUCUAGCUGUUUCCACAGCACUUGAGGACUCUAUCCCUGACAGGGCAGUCAGGGCUGGAUGCUGGGCUUCUGGACCCUGGGUUCUUCCAGACCAUGAGGCUUAUCUCCUCCAGGACUUAAAUCAGUGGGUAUUUAUUCCUGCUCCUCUGGGGCUAGAGAAAGUGUACCCUGAGGGGAGGGUCUCUGCUGUAGCACUGGGGCUUUAACCCCAAGACACACCUGGAUCUGGUACACAGGAAGGAAUCCCCAGGCUACUUGGAGAUGUCUUAUUAUUCCCGCCCACGCCUUGGGGUGUUGGUGCCAAAAGGAAAGACGUUAAUGGCGUGCACCCACCUGCACAGCAGGGUGGAGACCCAGCCAUGAGGUGGAGCUGUGCCCCUAGGUCCUUUUAUCCUGGGGACACCAUGAGGGUGAACAAGAUAGAAGGAAGGUGCCGAAUUGAUCCCCAGGAGAGGGCCUGAAGGGCUAAGUAGAAGCAACUCUCCUCCCCCUCACCUCUGUUGCUUUUGGCCACCUGCCCAGUGGGGCCUUGGUCACACUGCUGCUGGCCUCAGCCCUGGCUGCCUUAGAGAGGGAGGCCCAUUGGAGGGCAGUAGGAGGGUUGGCUGGUGGCGGGAACCUCACAACUAGGCAUGUGGGCUCCAAAAAAUGUUCUCUCUGUCCCGUGGCAAAGUCUAGGGGAUGAAGUUCCUUCCCUCCAUCCAUGGUGUGGAUUCCCUCACCUAUACAACACACAGGUGCAGACACUGGUGACAGGCCUGAGCCUCCUUAUUAAGUCCCUGCCCCAGGUCUCCCUUCUUUGUCCUCUGAGAAGCCAGAGAAGCUGGUGACAAAAAUGAGAUCACAGGUGACCUUUGUAAACCUGGGAGUUUAUGAAAUAGUGUAACCCCCUUGCUUCCUGUCAGGUAGGUAUUUCUGUAUCCAUUACACAGAUAAGGAAAGUGACACUCAAAGGUUAGUGACUUGCCCAAGGUCACAUAGCCCUGGGGUCAGAUGAGAGAUAAGCCUGUGUGCUUUCCUUUGUGUUCCCACAGUGAUCACUAAUUUCUGUCAGUGUCACCUAGGGGUGUUGUAAGCGCCUAGAGUCCCCCAGGUUAAAGUUACGCUAAAGAGCCUGCGAUUCCGUGGAUGAUAAAGUUUAGUUGAUUGCAAUGCAGUUCUUCCAGAGGGAUGAAGGGCCCCCGUACCAACGCAAACCACUGAACACCAGUCAUCAGGGCGCCCCCUUUCCUCUUGCUGCACUGACUGGAAGCCCCUAGCUGAUAUUUCCAGGUCCUCUUCAGGACCAGGCUGCUGGGAGGGGGCCGUUGCAUGGGCCUUGCCCCUUCCCUCGCCCCGCCCCAUCUCCUUUCUCUGAGGUCUCCUUUCUUGGCUAGAGGAAAUGGAUGGGCUGGGAUGACUAGCUGAACUCACAUCCUUUGCUUGGGCCUGAGACAGGGGUGACCCUUCCAGCCCCAGGGCCAGGCUGAGGAAGAAGGUUAUGCCACAGUGGAAGUGACUGGAGCCACCACCCGGAACCAGGACCCUCCGCCCUCCUGCCAGGGUCCCAAGCCCAGUUUCUCUGGGCCUCUCCUCCACCACCUUUCCGGCUAUUGUUCUGGAAAGAACAGAGCCACCUAUCUGGCCCUGCCCCUGUUCCUGUGUCCCUCCUGUCACAUUGUCUGCCCCUCCCUAGAGUGGACACAUCCAGCCACCUAGCUGCCCCAUCCUAGACAGGCUAGUGAAGGGAGGGCUCUAUGAAGGACUCUUGUUCUCUUCUCUUGGGACCUUGUCUUCACUGCGACAUAAAGAGGCACCUUGGCGGCCAAAGUUGCAAGGCUGUGCACUUCCUGCUUCUGUAGCUCCUGUUCUUUCCCCUACUGACCCCCUGCAAAGGUUCUGUCUUACAAGAACUGUCAGAGGACGUGAGAAGAAGGCUGGCAGGCCUGUGCUAACUCCCAGCAGCCCCCACACAUUCUCUCUCCUGCCCCUUCUUGGUUCUGUAUUUACCUUUUUAGUGUAGUCCUUCAGCCCCUCCUCAUGUGUAUCUGUCUCCUCCCUCCCUGUCCCUCACUUCCCUCCCUGGUGGAAUGAGCCCCAGCCUUUCCCAGGCUGCUGGGGUAUUUGGGCCUGGGGGGCAGGCCUGGACCAGCAUGUUUGGCACCCUUCCCAGCCUGGGCUAAGCCAGGCCCACUCCUUCCAAGCAGGGUGGGUUCCAGCAGGAUGCAGGGGCUCCCUGUGACAAGGCCUCUCCUUUCCCGGCACCUCAAGGACCUCCCUAGCAUGGUCUGCAUGCCGCUGGGCUCUCCCCUGCAUGUGUCCUGUCCCAGGAGGCAGGGCCCACCAAGUCAAAGUUUAUGGGCAUCGAGUUGGCAGGUGUUCCCCAAGCAGACAGAGAGGCACGGAAAUGCCAGAAGACAGUUUGGGUAUGGUGCCCCAGUGUCAUGGCCAACAUGUAAGGAGCACUAUACUGUGGUGGUUGUCAUCAUUCAUGUGCUUACAAGGGACAAACACUGUCCUGACAACUUCUGGGAACAGAUUCUAUGAUCAACCUAUUUUUGUGGAGACCAAGUCCUGUAGGUUAAAUGGCCUGCCCAAAUUGGCAGGGCUGGCACAUGGAACUGGGCUGGUGUCAGUAUAUUCUAUAUGGCCCUGCCCACCGGGCCCUACUCAGGGAUGCUUGGAGCCGAGUCUUGUCAACAACUUUCUCUGUGCCCUUGGAUCCUUACGGCCCCCUCCAUUCCUUCAAUGCCUGCUCCCCUUGGCCCAAUAGGACAAUAUGACUCUCCCUAACCCAUUCAGGCAGGAAUGCCAACCAUGCACCCCGUGGGCCUGUCCUAUUGAAGGCAUGUCAUGCCAAUACCCCUUCCCGCCCCCUUUGGCUUCUAUAAACAAGCUGGGCAGGGGCUCUAGAGAACCCAGGCUGCUGCUACAGUGGCUUCCUGUACUCAUCGCCCUUGGGCCAUAGGGACAGGACCUGUACAAGGCCAUGGGCCAGGUGCUCUUCUGUACUCCGAAAGAGCUCCUCGGCUCCACGAAGAGACUCAACAUCAACUACCAGGAUGCCGAUGGAUUCUCUGCUCUCCACCAUGCUGCCUUGGGGGGCAGCCUGGAGCUCAUAGCCUUAUUGCUGGAGGCUCAAGCCACUGUCGACAUCAAAGACAGCAAUGGCAUGCGUCCCCUACACUAUGCAGCCUGGCAGGGCCGGCUGGAGCCUGUGAGGCUGCUCCUUCGGGCUUCUGCGGCUGUCAAUGCUGCCUCGCUGGACGGCCAGAUCCCUCUGCACCUGGCUGCACAGUAUGGGCAUUAUGAGGUGUCAGAAAUGCUUCUCCAGCACCAGUCUAACCCAUGCCUAGUCAACAAGUUGAAGAAGACACCCCUAGACCUAGCCUGUGAAUUUGGACGGCUCAAGGUGGCCCAGCUGCUCUUGAACAGCCACUUAUGUGUGGCACUGCUGGAGGGAGAAGCAAAGGACCCGUGUGACCCCAACUACACCACACCCCUGCACUUGGCUGCCAAGAAUGGCCACAGAGAAGUCAUCAGGCAGCUCUUGAAAGCUGGUAUUGAGAUCAACCGUCAGACCAAGACAGGCACCGCCCUCCAUGAGGCUGCGUUAUACGGCAAAACCGAGGUGGUGCGGCUGCUCCUAGAGGGAGGUGUGGACGUGAAUAUCCGGAACACAUACAACCAGACGGCCCUGGACAUAGUGAAUCAGUUCACCACCUCCCAGGCCAGCCGGGAAAUCAAGCAGCUACUUCGGGAGGCUUCAAUGAUCUUGAAGGUUCGAGCACUUAAGGAUUUCUGGAACCUUCACGACCCCACCGCUCUCAAUGUCCGGGCAGGAGAUGUCAUCACGGUGCUUGAACAGCAUCCCGAUGGCCGCUGGAAGGGCCACAUCCAUGAGAGCCAAAGAGGCACAGACCGCGUAGGCUACUUCCCCCCGGGCAUCGUUGAGGUGGUCAGCAAGCGGGCGGGCAUACCUGUGGCCCGUCUCCCCUCUGCACCUACCCUGCUGCGGCCAAGCUUCUCCCGGAUGUCACAGCCCUCUCCUGAUGAUCCCCUGCAGUCUCUCACCUAUGGCCAGCUCUCUCGGGUGGGCCUCAGCCCAGACAGUCCAGCAGGUGACAGGAAUAGCGUGGGCAGUGAGGGUAGCGUAGGCAGCAUCCGCAGUGCUGGCAGUGGGCAGAGUUCUGAAGGCACCAAUGGCCACAGCACUGGCCUCCUGAUUGAGAAUGCUCAGCCACUGCCCUCUGCCAGUGAGGACCAGGUACUGUCGGGUCUGCACGCCCCAUCCCUGGCAGACAACCUGAGCCACCGCCCUCUGGCCAGUUACCGCUCCGGGGAGACCUUCACUCAGGAUGUGAGGCCGGAGCAGCUGCUGGAGGGGAAGGAUGCACAGGCCAUUCAUAACUGGUUAAGUGAGUUCCAGCUGGAGGGCUACACUGCCCACUUCCUGCAGGCUGGCUAUGAUGUGCCAACCAUCAGUCGAAUGACACCCGAGGACCUGACGGCCAUUGGGGUGACCAAACCUGGGCACCGGAAGAAGAUCGCCUCAGAGAUUGCCCAGCUCAGCAUUGCCGAGUGGCUACCCAACUAUAUCCCGGUGGACUUGCUGGAGUGGCUGUGUGCACUGGGGCUGCCACAGUAUCACAAACAGCUGGUGAGCAGUGGCUACGACUCCAUGGGGCUGGUGGCCGAUCUCACCUGGGAGGAGCUGCAGGAGAUAGGCGUGAACAAGCUGGGGCAUCAGAAGAAACUCAUGCUUGGUGUGAGGCGACUGGCAGAACUUCGGCGCGGCCUGCUGCAUGGGGAGGCCCUGGGUGAGGGCGGACGCCGGCUGACCAGGGGUCCAGAGCUGAUGGCCAUUGAAGGCCUGGAGAAUGGAGAAGGUCCAGCUGUGUCUGGCCCUCGCCUCCUCACCUUUCAGGGCAGUGAGCUGAGCCCAGAGCUACAGGCAGCUAUGGCAGGAGGCGGCCCAGAACCACUCCCCAUCCCCCCUGCUCGUUCUCCCAGCCAGGAGAGCAUUGGUGCCCGCUCACGGGGAUCUGGGCACUCACAGGAGCAGCCUGUCUCCCAGCCCAGUAUUGGUGACCCCAGUGCCCCGCAGGAGAGGAACCUUCCAGAGGGUACAGAGCGCCCCUCUAAGCUUUGCCCCCCACUCCCUGGCCAAGGGCCUGCCCCUUAUGUCUUUAUGUGUCCUCAGAGCUCACCCUCUAGCCCAGCCCCAGGGCCGCCCCCUGGUGCUCCUCGGGCCUUCUCCUACUUGGCUGGCUCGCCUGCCGCUCCUCCAGACCCACCUCGGCCCAAACGCCGGUCACACAGCCUGAGCCGCCCGGGCCCUGCUGAGGGGGAAGCUGAAGGGGAGGCUGAAGGACCAGUGGGUAGUGCCUUGGGCAGUUAUGCCACCCUUACUCGGAGACCAGGACGCUGCACCCUUUCCCGGACUAGCCCUAGCCUGACCCCAAUUCGAGGGACCCCCCGAAGCCAGUCCUUUGCCCUCCGUGCCCGUCGUAAAGGUCCCCCACCCCCACCCCCCAAGCGCCUCAGUUCGGUCUCUGGCCCCACCGAGCCACCUUCACUGGAGGGAAGCCCAGGACCCAAGGAAGGGGCCACAGGUUCCCGGAGAAGAACACUGAGUGAACCAACUGGCCCCUCGGAGCCCCCUGGCCCCUCUGCCCCAACUGGCCCUGUGUCGGACACAGAAGAGGAGGAGCCUGGGCCUGAGGGGACUCCCCCAUCUCGGGGCAGCUCCGGAGAAGGGCUGCCAUUCGCAGAGGAAGGGAACCUGACUAUCAAGCAGCGUCCAAAGCCAGCUGGUCCCCCACCCCGGGAGACACCUGUACUGCCUGGCCUUGACUUCAACCUCACAGAGUCAGAUACUGUCAAACGGAGGCCCAAAUGUAAAGAGAGAGAGCCACUCCAGACCGCGCUGCUGGCCUUUGGGGUAGUGGGUGGUGACACUCCUAGCCCCUCCCCUCCCCUGGCCUCCCAGGACCCCUGUGAAUCUCCUCCAACUUCCCCUAACCCUCCACGGUCUGAGCCUAGCAGUCUUCCACCUCAAGGGACUCCAGCCCCAAGUCUCAGCCCCAAGUCUCAGCCCCCCGGCCACCAAGGAACCUCUGUAGGGCCAGCUCUGGCAACAGGCAAUCGGCUGGGUGCGGAGACGGAGCCUCCAGCUGCCCCUGCUGCCCUCCUCAAAGUGCCUGGAGCAGGAACAACUCCCAAGCCUGUGUCUGUGGCCUGUACUCAGCUGGUAUUUUCUGGCCCAAAGCUGGCUGCCCGGCUCGGCCCCCGCCCGGUUCCCCCUCCAAGGCCUGAAAGUACUGGGCCUGUGUGUCCAGGCCGGGCCCAACAGAGACUGGAGCAAACCAGCUCAUCCUUGGCGGCUGCACUGAGAGCAGCUGAGAAGAGCAUUGGCACGGAGGAGCAGGAGGGUCCCACAGCGGCCUCCACCAAGCACAUUCUGGACGACAUCAGCACCAUGUUUGAUGCUCUGGCUGACCAGCUGGACGCCAUGCUGGACUGAGCAAGGCUGGCUUGUGACCCUCCCUCCCUCCUGUGGUACCACCAGUGGCCCAACAUGGAAGACUACCCUGCCACCCCAACAUGGAAGACUACCCUGCCACCCCAGGAACAGGAAGAGGGUUGGUUGGGCUGGAGUACCUAUCCUUCCACAGCAGAGACCUUCCUAGACUUUAAGCAGUAGCUGUCAGACCCCCAAGGGGGCUGAGAAGACUUGUCAGAACCUGACUGAGGGGCCUCAGCUGUGUGGGAGCAAAGCCCCUCCCGUGUACAGCUGACUGCUCAGCUUUGGCCCCUGAACAGGGACCCUGGUAAGAGCAUUCUCCUCUGGGAGGAGGUGGCAGCAGGGCUUUGUGGAUCCAUCUCCCUACCUGUGUCUGACUUCUCAGUGCUUAAGGGAAUUCUUCUGGCCACCCACUGAGCUGCUCUAGGGCUCUGUGAGGCUGUGAGGAGGCUGCCCUACUUGCCUGGUCCCCUCCGUGCAAGUGUACAUAGGACUUGUAAAUACACAGCAGGGGCUUGCCUUCCUGCCAGUGGCCAUGGCCUUGUCACCUCCUAACCCUGUCUGGACAUCCCACACGGGAGGCAGUGCGACUAACAGAUCCCCAGUGCCCAAACCUUUACAACUGUAUAUAAUAUUUUUGAAGCAGAGAGAAAUGCAUAUAUUUUAAAUGGAAUUUAUUCUAUCUAUUAACUGCCUGAGAGAAUGCAGUAGGGAAUGCCUUCAGACCACAGACGAACCCUCUGCCCACCUCCUGCCGGAGGACCCAGCUGGUUCAGUCCCAGGCUCUGUAACUAUUAACCUCCCGAACUAACACCAAUGAAGUGUCAUUCCACGUGA